CACUGAUCUUUGUUAUUGUAACUUGCUGGUCAUUUUCCACGGCUGUGCGACUAAUUAAAUUUAAACACCAGAGUCAACAUAAAUCAGUGUUAAAACAGCGCGCCAGUUAAUCCACCUCUCUGCGGCAAUGUAAUUUCAUGGCGGUGUUUAGUACAUAACAUACACGGGCCCGUAAUACAUAGUUAUGUAUGUAUAUAGGCAGCCGCGAAAUCGUGUGUGUGUGCGUGUACAGCUGUAGAGUUUUUAAUGAAUAAACUAGGCACUAGUGUAGAUUUACGUGCAUUGCCUGCAAAAAGUAACGAAAGGGGCAUAUAGAAGAAGAGUCGUGGGCGUUUGGGGCAUCGCAAUCGCAGCAUAAAAUCGAUUUCGAGUGCAUGUGUGCGCGCGUGGUGUGUGUGCCGAGUGUUUGCAUGUGUUUGUUGCAAAUGUAAGAAGUAGAAGAAGAAGAAACUCACGCGCUUAUCCUCUCUCUCUCUCUUCUACCCCAUUGCUCCACUAGCAGCUGAAAGUAAUAAUUGAGAAAAUUUUAAAGAAAUCUGCCAGUUUGCACAAGUGAAAAGCCCAAAAUCGUGUUAAAACCGACGAGGAGAGCUCCAAAUAUUUUUCCAGUGAAAGCCACCAAAGUAAAAUCCGGAGACAAAGAGGAGCCACACGUGCCAGAGGAAAUCUAUAAGCGAAGCUGCAGGAGAUAGUCGGGAGGGUGUGAAUCCAUCCCAUCUCUCUACAUUUAAAAAUCAAGUGUAUUUGCCGCUGGCGGGGCGACCAAAUGCAUAGACAACAUAUGUCGCAGCCACGAGCAGUCCAAGACCAAGAGUUGCGACCCCGACCGUUCGUUGCAUACUACAUACGCUCAUAGAGCAUCCCACCGUCCUUGCACUUGGCCAGCAGGGAGCCACCACACACACAGAGGGUUCAGCCAGGUUCAGGCAAGAACAGGAGCAGCACUAGAAGCUCCGAGCACUAAGCAAGACGAUAAGAUGAUGAAACGCACCCGUGUCGACGAGGUGCAGUUCGGCACACGACCCGGUCCCCCGGUUCCCGGAGGAGUAGGAGUCGGUGUUGGAGUUGGUGUCGGUGUGGGAGUCGUCGGCGUGACCGGUGGAGGACCACCGACCGGCAGCGGUGGCAAUACAACCAAUGUCGGUGUUAAUACAGCGGGUGUGACCAUAGGAACGGUGUUGCCCGGAGCCCACAGCGCAACUAUCAGUGGCAUUGGUUCCAUUCACCAUCGCAUCCUCACUCCACAACAUGGGGGAGCCCAGACUAUUGCUUAUUUGCCGUCCACCACACCGACGGCCACCAACCUAAAGACCACAAGUGCGAUUGUGGACAGCAGCAGCAAUACUGGAGCUGGAGGCGGACCUGUGGUAGCCGGUGCCCAGGUGACUGUGGGAGGAGUUGGUGGAGCCGGAGGCGUUGUCGUUUCCACGGGCAGCACAGGCACCCAAACAUUGCAGUAUACCACCUCGUAUAGCGUGGCCUCCAUUCAGGCGGGUGGAACUCUCAAGGCCAGCACAGCGGAUGGCGCCAACACAGUACAGAUCCAUGUAACUGGAGCCGGAGCAGGAGCCACAAAUCCUGCCAACGCACAGACCGUCUCCAGCAGCUCACAAACGGGCCCAAUCCGUCAGCGCACAAUCAGCGGCACACAGACGGUGGCCAGUGCCGUUGGCAAUCUGGCCACGAUGGCCCAACAGCAGCAGACCGUUCAGCAAGCGUCGCUGGUUACCGUACCAACGCCACCAUCGUCUGUGUCGGCCAACAGCGUUGCCGGGGGUGCAAGUACACCACCGCAAGGACAAUCGGGCAGCGCCACUCCACGUUUGAAGGUGGAAGAUGCUCUCAGUUAUCUGGACCAGGUGAAGUAUCAGUAUGCGGACCAGCCGCAGAUCUACAACAACUUCCUCGACAUCAUGAAGGAGUUCAAGUCGCACUGCAUCGACACGCCUGGCGUUAUAGAGCGUGUCUCUACGCUUUUUAAGGGGCAUACGGAGCUGAUCUAUGGCUUCAACAUGUUCCUUCCGCCGGGCUACAAAAUUGAAAUACAUUCGGAUGCCCUUGGCUGUUCAGUGCCCGUGGUUUCGAUGCCCUCACCACCGGGAGCACCCUCGAGCACGGGAACGGUGCACAUGCUCACCGGAAGCAGUCCGAUGGCAGGUGCCUCCGGACAUGUCGCCAUAAAGACAGCGUCUAAUGCAGCAACUCUUACACCGACCACGGGAGCUGGCGCUGUGGCCGCAGCAGCCGUGGCGCAGAUCCAGUCUGGAGCUGUGAAUCUGAUGACCCAUGGUGGAGCGUCGCUCACCCAGACCACAAUACAUGCCCUGCAGCAGCAUGCAACGCCACCGCAGUCGCAGUCCCCAAGCGGCGGUCAUGUUCACGUGAGUGUCACCAACUCGCCGGCACCAGCUGCUGUUGUGCCCCCCAUCUCUGUAUCGGCGCACAAUAUGCCGCAAAAUUACUCAAGGGAUCGUGAAAGGGCGACCAUCACGCCUACGGGUCAGGUGGCAGUUUCGGCGGCACCGGCCACCGCAAAUUCAGCCGCUGCCGCCGCUAGUAUUGUGGUGGGCGGACCACCGACGCCAAAUUCCCUGAGCGAACUUAGUCCUCACGGCGGCGGGGGCGGCGGAGGUGGAGCCGGAGCGGCCCAGCACAAUCUGCAUCACAUCCAGCAGGCGCACCAAUCGAUUCUCCUGGGCGAAACGGGACAGCAGAAUCAGCCGGUGGAGUUCAAUCACGCCAUAACCUAUGUAAAUAAGAUCAAGAACCGUUUCCAGAACCAACCGGCCAAGUACAAGAAAUUCCUGGAGAUCCUGCAUGCCUAUCAAAAGGAGCAGAAGGUUAUGAAGGAGGGCAGUCUGAACCAGGGCAAAAUGCUCACCGAGCAGGAAGUGUACACGCAAGUGGCCAAGCUCUUUGGCCAGGAUGAGGAUUUGCUAAGGGAAUUCGGCCAGUUUUUGCCAGAUGCCACCAAUCAUCAGUCCGGACAGUACAUGUCCAAGUCGGCGGCAUCAGCAGUGCACAAUGAUCAUGGAAAGCAGCGGCCGACUGCCACAUUGAGCGGCGGAGCACACAUUACAAUGUCAUCCGCAUCGCCAGCGCCCAGUGGUUCCCCUCUCCAUUUGGGUGGCGGCGCUACAAAUCUACCGCAGAUCGACAAUAGUGCUCAUGCAGCGGCCAUUGGCAAUCUGUCGGCGGUCAACACCAGCGUCAGCAUCAAGACGUACAACAACAAUCAGCAGCAGCAACAGAAUCAUGUAAUUGGCUCGGGCCUGAAUGCAACGUCCAGGAACGAUAUGCUCUACGAGAAGGACUAUCAUCACACGGGUCUGCAGCAGCAGCAGGCACACCAGCGAGGCGCCGGCGUGGGAGGUCACCAUCAUCAUCUGGUUGGCGGAACUCCGGCGGGCGCAAACCUAGGACGACCGGGUGCGGGAGCCAGUGUCAUGGUUGCCUACGAGAAGGAUCAUCAUCGCAACAAUCAUCAUGUCCAGAAGUAUGUGGGCCAUGCUCCCAAUCAGAAUCUGUCGCAUGGCGGCCACAAUGCCAAGAAGUCGCCCAGUUAUGGCAUCACCUCGGUAAUUGGUUCCAUGCCGCCGCACCUGUCGGACAAUUCCCUUGAUCGCAGUUCGCCGGGCAUAAGCUACGCCACGCCGCCGUUGCCCGUUGGCCAACAGCAACAUAAUUCCGCCUCGGCAACGAGAAGGCAAGGCGGCGACGACGGCCUGGCCGGACACUACGCCAGCGGAGCACCGCCUGCCAAGCGACCGAAGCCUUAUUGCCGGGACGUCAGCUUCUCGGAGGCAUCCAGCAAGUGCACCAUCUCCGAUGCCGCUUUCUUUGACAAGGUGCGGAAGGCACUGAGGAGUCCCGAGGUCUACGACAAUUUCUUGCGAUGCCUGACGCUGUUCAACCAAGAAAUCGUAUCCAAAACGGAACUGCUGGGCCUUGUCUCGCCAUUCCUCAUGAAGUUCCCGGACCUUUUGCGAUGGUUCACCGACUUUUUGGGACCGCCUGUUGGUGGUCAGGCGGGUUUAAUUGACGGCAUGCCCCUGGCCGCCACUCAAAGAUCCCAGGGCGGUGGCGGUAGCAGCAAUAGCAGCUCGCAUGAUCGAGGCCACCAGAGUGCCGCUGAGUACGUCCAGGAUGUGGAUUUAUCAUCGUGUAAGCGACUGGGCGCCUCCUAUUGCGCCCUGCCGCAGUCUACGGUGCCGAAGAAGUGCAGCGGUCGGACGGCGCUCUGUCGGGAGGUGCUCAACGACAAGUGGGUCUCCUUCCCUACGUGGGCCAGCGAGGAUUCCACGUUUGUGACGUCGCGGAAGACGCAGUUUGAGGAAACGAUAUAUAGGAAUAUUCACAGAACGGAGGACGAGCGCUUCGAGUUGGAUCUGGUCAUUGAGGUGAACAGCGCCACCAUUCGCGUGCUGGAGAAUGUGCAAAAGAGGAUGUCCCGCAUGUCCACCGAAGAGCUGGCCAAGUUUCAUCUGGACGACCAUCUGGGUGGCACAUCUCAAACGAUACACCAGCGGGCGAUUCAUCGCAUCUAUGGCGACAAGUCGGGCGAGAUAAUCCAGGGCAUGAAGAAGAACCCCUCCGUGGCAGUGCCCAUUGUGUUGAAGCGGCUAAAAGUCAAGGAGGAGGAGUGGCGGGAAGCGCAAAAGACCUUUAACCGGCAAUGGCGGGAACAGAACGAGAAGUAUUACCUCAAAUCUCUCGAUCACCAAGCCAUCAACUUCAAGCCCAACGACAUGAAGGCCCUGCGCUCCAAGAGUCUGUUCAACGAGAUCGAAACGCUGUACGAUGAACGGCACGAUCAGGAGGACGAUGCCAUGGAGCCGGCGGGACCGCAUCUGGUGCUGUCCUACAAAGACAAGACAAUACUGGACGAUGCCGCUAAUCUGUUGAUUCAUCAUGUCAAGCGACAGACGGGAAUCCAGAAGCAGGAGAAACAGAAGAUCAAGCAGAUCAUCCGACAAUUUGUGCCUGAUCUCUUCUUUGCGCCGCGGCAGCCGCUGAGCGACGAUGAGCGGGAUGACGCCUUUCCAUUUUUGGUAGAUGACAAUACGAAAAUGGAGGUGGACACACCCACUACCAGCUCGCCCCUUAGUCGCACAGAGUCGUCGUCGACGGCGACACGGAAUGCCAAGGGCGAAGGCAACUCUCCGGCGCGCAGCAAUGCUAGCAGCACUAGUGGCACGCCGGCGGGGAUUAAGAAAGAGACUGACGACACCAAGGCAUCAUCAAGUGGGACGGCGACGACCGGAACAUCAAGUUCGGCGACGUCCGUGGACGAUGCGACCCCAUCGACGUCCACAGCGGCGGCAGCAGCAGCAGCAGCGGCGGCGUCGUCGUCUUCAGCGUCCUCCGCUUCCGAGGCAAAGGCCAAGGAAGAACCCCUUUCCGCCCAUAGAGAAGAUGGAGCUGGUAGCAGCACCAGUGGAGGAGCUCAAGAGCCAGCAGCAGCAGCGACUAGCGGCGAUGUGGAAAUUAAGCUGGAGAAUCCGACAGACUUUGUUCAUCCCAAGCUGUUGCCCCCGCAUGCACAAGGCCAGCACGAUGAUGAAUCAUACUCGCUCUUCUUUGCCAACAACAACUGGUAUCUGUUCCUGCGGCUACAUGCGAUCCUCUGCGAACGCCUGCACGUGAUGUACGAGCGGGCACGCCUGCUAGCCAUCGAGGAGGAGCGUUGCCGGGUGAACCGAAGGGAGAGUACAGCCACAGCGCUAAGGCUGAAGCCUAAGCCGGACAUCCAAGUGGAGGACUACUAUCCCACCUUCCUCGACAUGCUGAAGAACGUACUGGAUGGCAAUAUGGACUCUAAUACAUUCGAGGAUACCAUGCGGGAAAUGUUCGGCAUCUAUGCGUACAUCUCUUUCACGCUGGACAAGGUUGUAUCGAAUGCCGUUCGCCAGCUGCAAUACUGUGUGACAGAGCGGGCCGCCCUGGAUUGUGUGGAGCUGUAUGGAUCUGAGCAACGCCGUGGCAGCACCGGUGGACUCUGCCGCGAUGCGCACAAGACCUUCGAUCGGGAGAUGUCGUAUCAGCGCAAGGCGGAAAGCAUUCUCAACGAUGAGAACUGCUUCAAGGUGUACAUUUACAAAAUCGAUUGUCGCGUAACCAUCGAGCUGCUCGACUCUGAGCCCGAGGAAGUGGAAAAACCGACUGCUUUAAAGGCCCAAAAGUUUAGCAAAUAUGUGGAACGAUUGGCAAACCCUGCUCUAGGCAGCGGAGGAGGAAAUAGUGGCGGCGGCGGCGGGAACAGUGCUGGCUCGAGUACGGCGCUAGGCAACGACAAUAUUGCGGAAUCCUCUGAUAUCAAAACGGAGGAGGAGGAGGAAGAUAAUGCCGAGCUGGGGCACAGGGGAUGCGGAAUCGGUGGAGGAGUUCGCAAGGCGCGCUUUUUGCUGCGCAACAAGCGCCGGUCGCAGCUGCACGAGGAGCAAGUGCGUCAGUUGUUUGAGCAGAAGCGGAAUCGCACAGAGCUGGCAACAACGACUACAGUCCAGGCAAAUGACUCGGGCGAAACUAUUUCCAGCAGCAGCGGGAGCGGCAACUCGGCAGCCGGCAGCAAUAAUAACAAUAACAACAACAAUAAUAUUAACAACAACAGCUGGAGCGGCGGCAAGCGGUUGCCCGAGAGACUCGGCGCCCCACAGGUGGGCCUGGCCGAGCAGUAUGCCUUUAAUGAUCGCGACGAGAUCAGCACAAACCCCAGCAACGGGCGUUGCUUUGUGACCAGCAAGAAUCUCAAGCUACUCAAGUACGAUGCAGUGCGUCGUGCCAAGAAGAGUCACUACCGCGUCACCCAGGCCAAGUACUCGCACUUCCAGACCUUUGUCAACAAGUGGCUGCAGCAGCACGUUAGCGAGCAGCUGCAACAGAACUGCAUUGACUGGCUGCUGGGCAAGACUCCGGAUCAGAUCAACGCCAGCGGCUGGGGAGCGGCCAGCAAGACAAAGACAGUGCCGCAGAAGGAUACCACAAAGACGCCGUAUCGCAUCUACAAUCGGUACAAGGUGGUGCAUAGCAGCUCGGCCAGCGGACUGAUGAGUGGCGGAACAGCAGCAACAGCGACCAACAACACCACAACGCCGGGUGCGACGACGCCGGUGGCCAAUGCUGCACUGGCAUCCUCAGCGGUGUCCUCAAGCUCGAGCUCGGGGCAUACCAUUGUAAACAGCAGCAGCAGCGGCAGCAUUUUGAGCGCAGACUCAACGACCACCCCGACCAAUGCAACGCCCCAGCAGCAGCAGCAGCAACAUUGCAAUAGUGCGGCAGCUGCAGCAUCGGCAACCACAAAUAAUGCAGAGGCACUGCAACAGGUGCGACCCAUGGAGAGCUAACCAGUAGCGACCGCCUGGUCAGAUGCAUUCACAUGACGAUAGAGAGACGGUGAAUACGCCUGAAUUCGAUGGAAAGUUUGUGUUUUUAAUUGUGAUACCAGUUCCUGGACGCGGUCAUCGAGAUUGCAGCUAAACCGACCGAACACACAACAUCGACUUGGCAUGGGGCACGGGAGAUAUUUGAUCGAAAGAAAGCAAACUCCCUUUUCAUAUUGUACAAAAAGUCAUUUAAUCUUAGACGGUUUGCUUCUAAAUAAGAAUUUGUAUAAUCUUAAUUUUAGGCUUAAAGUGCACGUACACGGCAGCGCGUCUUUUGUUUUUUCGAAGCGCUUUUAGAUUUUAGAGUGUAAGAACACAAAACACAUACCUUAUAUCAUGCAAUCGCAAGUCCCAAUAAGAGUCAGAACCAUAUAUAUUUUGAACGAGUGACAGUUGUGCUAAUAUUUACCAUACAGAACUUGUCUGUUAGCCAAGUAAGAUUUUAUAAACAUCAAGCCCUUUACUUUUACAUGUAACAACGUAUUUUUAUACAACAGAAACAAAACAAACCCACACAAACCUUGUACAAUUCCUUGUGAAUACCUAUUAAUUACUAUUUACGUGCUUAAGUUCACCUAUCGUUAAGUUGUAAAAACGUAAUGAGCGCAGAUUAAAACGGAAAGUUUAUCAAAAGUGAA